CCAUGCUUAUAUUUUUCUCCUCGUGCUCUCGUUCGCAGCCUUGGAGAUUGUCAGAAAGCCGUAAACCUAGGGUUUCAUUCUUCGAUUCUUUCGUCUUCGAUUUAGAGUAAAAAUUGUUUGUGCCAAAAUCUUUGCCUUCGCUUCCUUCUUUAAGGAACCUAAUCGCGAUCCGGAGAAUCACCGAACCGUGGGGGGAUUUCUCGUAAUCGGGGAUGUCUCGGUGCUAUCCGUACCCCCCUCCGGGGUAUGUGAAGAGCGGGGAGCCAUGGAUCGAUUGGACUAAGCUCCAAAGAGAAAGGGAGAAGGUCAAAACAGAUAUUAAGAAAGAGAAGAAGAGGGAGGAGAAGAAGAAGAGAAGGAAAGCACAUAGAGGAAAAGAGAAACCCACUGUUAUUGGCGACGACAAAAAAAGAAAGCUCAAUUAUCAGAAGUAUGUGCAACUAGAGAAAACUAGAGCAGAGCCAUGUGGUGAAUAUUUUCAAAAGCAAAUUGAAGCCGAGGCUGAACAAUUUGAAAAGAGUGAUCUUACUGAAGAACAGGAGCGGCCAAUUUGCUCUCCAAACAUAUGCUCCGACAGCUCUCAAAGAAGCAACAAGAGGAAAAGGGAUACCUCACCAACUAGUGGCUUUCGCAGUCAUGGAACUAUUGUCCGGAUUCGGCUGCCAUCGAGAAAGGACCGAGAUGAUGAGAAGUCGUGCUCCACUUCUGGAAGGGUAGAUUUUCAUGCUCAACAGAAGAAUGGAAGUGUCGAUGUUCCCAAUCAAGUGCUUUUAUGCUCUUCUAAUGGAAGGGAAAAUAUACUUGCUGAGAUGCUCACAACUGAGCAAAAAAAAGAACUCCCCUGUCCAGUGCCAGAGAGGAUUGAAACAUCGUACAAAAGUGAGACUGAGAGGACAGAAUAUCUAUAUAAAGCUUUGAUUGAGGACUGGGUGCCGCCUCGCACUCAGAUUCAUGAAAAUUUAUUAAGUGAUGAAGAGUGGCUCUUUAAGAAGAAGAAGCAGGAAGAAAGACGUGCGUCUCAAAAAUUUGAAGCCGGUAAUGAUGUCAUAUCUUGUAGUCGCAAGUUGUGGCCACAAGGCCAUUACUUGCCUGAGGCUGACAUGUAUGCAUUACCCUAUACUGUUCCGUUUUGAUUAUUUUUCCAUUUGUAUUCGGUAGCUUGUACAGUUAUAUUGAGGAUUAUACAGGAAGUUUUGAUAA